UAAAAUUUGUUUUAUUUUGUACGGUUACAUCAUAAUAUUAUGAACAAAUAACAUAUUUGAAUCUAUAAUUGUCAUUUAAUCAAUCAGCUCUGAAAGAAAGAAGAUGAAAUGUAAAUUAUUGACAAUAUGUUUGUCUUUUAUCAUUUUCGAAACAGAUAACAAAAAAUUUGUACCCAAAAAUAUUGUAAUGUUCACUUUCAAAAGGAGGGGAUGCAUUAUCAAAAAGAGUUAUGGACAUCAUUACAUAAAGGUCAUCAAAACGACCUUAUAUUAGAAACUGAUUUAUGUGUAUCUUUAACACAAUAUAUAAUACGCCCCCCUCAAAAAAGAAAAAAACUAACACAAAAAAAACAAAAACCCCAGGACAUUCAUCAUGUUGAAAUGAUUAGUGAUUUGUAAAUAUAUUCUGUGUUUAGUGUCCAAAAAGAAACAAUAAUACAGACACUUCAUGGUAAAAUUUAAUAUUGAAUGUUUGCAAUUUCACUUAUUCUCAUAUUAAUGAUAUUUUUGUCAGCACACUUUCACCCCCAUUACUACAUAUAUGUUACAUUAGGUUUGUUGCAUUGCUAUAUCAAUUAAUCAGUCAUCCUGCCAAAUUAAUUUGUUUAAAAAUGGUAAUACCAUUCCAAGCAGUGUGUUAUGUCUUGCUGUAACAUUUUAAUGUACGUAAUCUCAAGGACAAAAGUCAAGCAGUUAGUUAGAACUGUCUUAUUUGUUAUAACCAUGAUAUUACAAUGCCUGCUGAUGCAAUUGUCCUCAUCAAAAUGAAGUUAGUUAUUAAAAUGUAGGUAUCAAGUCAAAACAAUGUAAACAAAUUGUGAAAAUUUUUCAGGAUAUCAUGUACCAAAUUUAUAAAAUCAUGGCCAACAUUACAUUUUUCAGUUGGACAACAAUUAUUACAAUACAUUAAUAUAUAUAUAAGUAACAGAACAAUGAUUGAUUUUGUGCAUUUUCUUCCUUUUUUCACAUUUUCUCAUAUGUUAUACGACCAAUGUAGUCCAUGACCACUUAUAAAUGAAAGAAGAAACACAUAGUAAUAAUUAUUGUAAAAUAGCAGUGAAAUAAAAUGUUUGACUUAUAAAUCAUGCAUUUAAUAUUUUAAUUUCAAUUAUUUAUUUUAGGUGAUGACUACACUUAGAUUCCUUGCAAAGGGGGAUUUCCAAUCAGAAAUUGCAGACAUACAUGGCAUUUCUUAUUCUUCUGCAUGCAGAUGCAUAGAGAAAGUAUGCAAUGCCAUAUGCAAAAGACUGAAUAAUAUCAGUUUUCCCCAAGCUGUACCAGAGUUAAGGGCAAUGAAAGAAGACUUUCACAAGGUAUGAAAAACAUCAACAUAAUAUUACUUCUAUACUUGUACAAACAAUGUCAUAGUCAGAGCAGGGCUUGAAAUAAAUAGUGCUUGUAGAAAAUUGAACACCCUGAGAUAAUGCAAGUAUUUGGAAUGGUCUUUGAAAAACUUGGACCUGUCAAAUGGAUUUUAUGCAACACAAUAACAAGUUAAAAUGCAGAUAAGUCAAUUGUACAUAAUUUGUCUCUUGAAAAAUUGCCUUUGAAUUUUUCAUUUGUUUACUGACAUUUUUCUUCAUGUUCCUAUGUGUAUGAAAUUAAUUGCUUUUGCUGGCCACUAAUUUUACUGCUGUAAUGAUAUUGAGAUACUUUAAUAACUUGAAUGUGGUGACAUUUAUCAUGAAAUACAUGUCUUUAUUCCCCAUAUGGUUAAAAAUAUUUUGCAACAUAUCAAAGUGAUACAUACCACUAGAACGCCAAGUGGGAAGUAACACUACAACAUCCUAGAUUAUCACAUUGCAACUUCACAGGUACGUCAAACAAACAACUUGAAUGACUUAAAUUAAGAUUGAUUAUAUGUAAUAAAUAGGAUAUUAAACGUGUGUCAACUGAAAAUUAUUUCACUCAUUACAUGAACAUGAUAAAGAAAGUGCCGACUGUUGCAUUGUUUCAAAUAUCAAAUGUACGUUACAAUGUAAGUUAAUCUUUCUUUAAGGUGUCUGCAUUCCGCAAUGCUGUUGGCGCAAUAGACGGGACACUAAUACAAAUCCAAGGUAUGUCAGGGGAUGACGAGAAAUUGUAUGUUUGUCGUAAGGGAUACCAUGCCCUCAACAUACAAGCAGUUGCUGAUGCCAAAAUGAGAUUCAUAAACUUAAACUGUAAAUUUCCGGGUUCAACACAUGAUGCAUUUGUACUAACAAGCUCUACUGUGCCAGACAUUAUGGAAACUCUACCAGAAGGAGGAUUUCUCCUAGGUGAUUCUGGCUAUCCACUAAAGAAAUGGCUGAUGACACCAGUAAUGAAUCCUUCAACACCACAAGAAAUGCUGUACAACACAUCACACAGCAAGACAAGAGCCAUUGUUGAACGUGCUUUCGGCAUUCUUAAGUCGAGAUUUAGGUGCAUCCAUAAGACAGGUGGCACUCUGCCUUAUGUUCCAUCAAAGUGUGCGAAGAUUAUUGAAACCACAUUUCGCUUGCACAACAAAGCAAUUGAGGACAAGAUACCCCUGUAUGAAACUGGAGAAAUCAUAAACAGGUGCCACAAUGAUGUCUUUGUGAACUAUCCACAAGGAGAUGGACAAAAUAUGAGACAAACAUUGAUAUCUAGAUUUUAA